AUAAAUGUAUAAAGAUGUGGUUCGGGGAGGAUAGAAUAGCCCAUGAAGCGAAAUCCAACAUUGUUAAAGCCCUGACCUUUUACAUCGCGUCAGUUACUGUUGGCUUUAAAUACAGAGAGAGAAAGAGAGAGAGAGAGAGAGAGCAGAGUGAGAGGGGGAGAAGAAUUCUCGGUGCAUCUUAAUAAGGGGGAGAGAUGGGGGCGAAUCCGCCCGGAUUGCUGCCGAUAUCUGCGAUAUGCGCACCGCCGGUUUCUCAUUUAGCUCGCAAAUCCCGCUCCCCGACGAGAGUCACAGAGGGAAACUGAUGUGUGUUUUUGCAGCCGGAUGUGAAAGGCGCCACCUUUGAGGACGAAACAUAGGGGGAAAUAGCGUCGCCAAGCCUCGGAAAUAGAUAGCAUGAACUGGCUAACCUCUGUAGCAGAUUGUCGUGGGUACCGGUAGUGACAGUAGUAACAGUAUAAGCGGGAGGAGGAGCGGUGAGGGGGGGUUUUGGAGGCGUCACAGGUUGGGAAAAUGGACUCCGGUGACGAACAGGACGUGCCCGACUCACAGGGGAGGAAGAAGCGUUACCACCGGCACACGCCGCGGCAGAUUCAGGAGCUCGAAUCGAUGUUCAAGGUUUGCCCGCACCCUGACGAGAAGCAGAGGGCGCAGCUGAGCCGGGAUCUGGGGCUGGAGCCGCGGCAGAUCAAGUUCUGGUUCCAGAACCGCAGGACGCAGAUGAAGGCUCAGCACGAGAGGGCGGACAACUGCUUGCUCCGUGCUGAGAACGACAAGAUCCGGUGCGAGAACAUCGCGAUGAGGGAGGCUAUGAAGAACGUCAUCUGCCCUUCCUGCGGCGCCCCUCCGGCCAGUGACGACUCCUACUUUGACGAGCAGAAGCUGCGGAUGGAGAAUGCGAGGUUGAAGGAGGAGCUCGAUCGUGUUUCAAGUCUUGCAUCAAAGUACCUUGGAAGGCCCAUCACUCAGCUUCCCCCGGUUCAGCCAUUAUCUGUUUCAUCAUUAGACUUAUCGGUCGGAGGAUACAGUAAUCCAGGGAUAAGCCCUUCGCUUGAUCUUGAUCUCCUAUGCCGGAAUUCUUCUUCGGCUUUUCCAUAUACAUUUCCUGCAGCAGUUUCUGAGCUUGAAAAACCUCUAAUGAUGGAGAUGGCCACUGGUGCAAUGGAGGAGGUUAUCCGGCUUGUGCAGGCUGAUGCACCCUUGUGGGUGAAGUCUGGAAGUGACGGAAGGGACAUACUUCAACUUGAAACCUACGACAGGAUUUUCCAAAGGUCAAAUCGGCAGCUCAGGUUCCCAGAUACUCAAACUGAGGCAUCAAGAGACUCUGCUCUUGUUUUUAUGAAUGCUACGACAUUGAUCGAUAUGUUCAUGGAUGCGAGCAAGUGGGCGGAGCUGUUUCCUACAAUUGUUUCCAAGGCCAGGACCUUUGAAGUCCUUGCAGCUGGAAUGGCGGGAAGCAGAAGCGGAUCUUUGAUCCUGAUGUAUGAGGAGCUACAGGUUCUUUCACCAGUUGUUCCGACACGCGAAUUCUGCUUUCUGCGGUAUUGCCAGCAAAUAGAGCCACAUGUGUGGGCAGUAGCUGAUGUUUCAGUGGACUAUCCCAGAGACAAUCAGCUUGCUCCUUCCAGAUCAAGGAAGCUUCCUUCUGGCUGCUUGAUUGAGGAAAUGUCAAAUGGCUAUUCGAAGAUAACUUGGGUCGAGCACAUGGAAAUUGAAGAAAAGAAUCCAAUUCAUAUACUCUUCAGGGAUCUGAUAAAUAGUGGAAUGGCAUUUGGAGCACAGCGCUGGCUCACCACCCUCCAGAGAAUGUGCGAGAGGUUUGCUUGUUUAACCAUCACUGGACUUCCAGCUAGAGACCUUGGAGUGACACCAACACCUGAUGGCAAGAAGAGCAUGAUGAAGCUUGCUCAGAGAAUGGUUAACAAUUUCUGUGCCAAUGUUGGUGCGGCAAAUGGUCACAAGUGGACCACCCUCUCUGGGUUAAAUGAUGUUGGUGUCAGGGUUACACUUCACAAAAGCACAGAUGCUGGCCAGCCUAACGGAGUUGUUCUCAGUGCAGCAACCUCAAUAUGGCUUCCCAUAUCAACUGAGAGGGUCUUUAGUUUCUUCAAGGAUGAACAAACACGAACUCAGUGGGAUGUUCUUGCAAAUGGAAACACUGUACAAGAGGUGGCUCAUAUCACAAAUGGAUCACAUCCGGGGAACUGCAUCUCUCUUCUUCGUGGAUUAAAUUCCGGCCAGAACACCAUGUUGAUACUCCAAGAGUGCUGCACUGAUGCGUCAGGCUCAGUUGUGGUGUAUUCUCCCAUUGAUUUACCGGCCAUCAAUAUUGUCAUGAGCGGUGAGGAUCCAUCUUACGUACCCAUUUUACCUUCAGGCUUCACCAUAUUACCAGAUGGGCGAUCUGCUGGGGGACAAGGCGCAUCAUCCAGCUCAAAUCCAUUGGGUGGCUCCUCUGGCUCAUUGGUGACUGUCGCAUUUCAAAUACUUAUGAGCAGCUUGCCAUCAGCAAAACUCAAUUUGGAGUCAGUAACGACAGUCAAUAACUUGAUCGGCACCACAGUUCAGCAAAUAAAGGCUGCCUUGAACUGUCCUGACGUCUGAUGCAUCUGAAGAGAAUUAAAAGCCUAUUUUUUCAUCUCUUCCCACCACCUCCCUUAACUUCUUCAGAUCUGAUGAACUCCUCUUAAGGCUUUUGAUGCAGCAUUCAAGAUGGGGAUUAAAGUGGGUCUUCUAUUGUUGGUUGGUUGGCCUUGAAUGCUUCCAUCAUAGGCUUGAAUUGGAACUUUAAGAUGAUGCUGCUGCAGCUGCUGCUGGUGCCAGUCUCAGGACAACCCUUUGUUUUCUUACAGGAAUCAAUCAGGCUUUACAUUUACAAGUACUUAAUGAAGGAAGUCAAGAACGCACCAUACCGGCCUCUGCUCUUCUGCUGUCAUAACUUCUUCUUGGCCUUUAGACUUUAGGUUUCUUCUUUUAGGUUUGCUUUAAUUCUCUUCUCCUCCACACCUCAAUCCCAUUCUUUCCUUUCUUCGUGCAGCAAGCGGUAAUGGUUCGGGUAUUGACUUCUGUCCUUGAACAUUUAUUAAUGAGCAUUUACUUUGAAGUGGUGUAGAUGGUUA